AUGAUACAAGGAAGUAGUGGCUUAGGGGGCCCCCCUUCCCUGGGGGCCUCUGCGGGGGUUUUAGGUGCAGAUAUGGAGGGCCUCUACUCCGACAUGCAGCAGCAGCAGCAGCAGCAGCAGCAGGGUGGUGUGUUAUCUUCUCAUCCAGCUGAAGACCCAGCUACAGAGUUUUUUAUUAUCCGAUCUUGCUCCGAGUACAACGUGCAGGUGGCGAUGCAAAUGAGCGUCUGGGCGACAAUACCUCGAAAUGAAGCGCGCCUGAGUCAGGCUGUCAGGGUUAGUAGAGCAGCAGCGUGUUAUGGGUGGUGGGGUUGCUCGCUUGGUGAUGCUGCGGAUGCUCCUGCUGCAGCUGCAGCUGCUGCUGCUGAUCCUGCUGCUGCAAAAGCUGCUGAGAAUGCUGCUGCAGAAGCUGCUGCGAAUGCUGCUGCAGAAGCUGCUGCGAAUGCUGCUGCAGAAGCUGCUCUUGCUGCUGCGGAUGCUGAUGCUGCUGCUGCUGCACUGUGCUGUGUUGUUGUGGAGGCCCCGCAUGUGCUGCUCUUCUUCAGAGUGCAGGGCGCGCAGUGCUGGGCUGGCUAUGCUCGCAUGCGUAACGCACCAGGAGAAGGCAGCAAACCCUCCAGUGUCUUCUCAGGCCGCAGCGGGAGGCCUUUUGUCGGUUUGUCUUUUGAUGUUGACUGGCUAAGCAACAGCAAAAUGUUUGUAUUAUUUUUGUUUGCUGCGUUUGCUGCGGUGUACGUACACCGCAUGCAGGACCCCACUGAGCGUCGAUAG